GUUGUAAAUGUUUAGUUACACAAACAAGAUGCAUUGCGAGCUAUUCAAACCUCUCCGCACACAGAAAUAAUAACUUCCAAAAUAAAAAGCACACUGAGCGAUGUUAGUUAUGGCCUCUUUACUCAUCAAAUUGCUGUUAUUAUUCUCAGUUAUCUUUUGCUAUCAGCUCUAUACAAGAUGGAAACUCAGAAGGAACACACCUGCAGAAUGCCAACAGCCUCCAAGUUUACCCACAAUUGAUCCUUUCCUCGGUUUGGAUCUGUUCAAAGAAUCUCUCGAGCUAAGAAAGCAGCACAUCGUCCUAGAGACCCACGCAAAGCAACAUGAUAUCUACGGCAAGACAUUCCAGGCUCUACGUCUCGGGAGAACCACGUUUUAUACAGCCCAUUCAGAUAAUCUGAAAGCAAUUUAUGGAACAGAUUGGAAAAAAUGGGGUACAGGUAGAGCUAAUGCUAUGGAGCCUUUUUGCGGUCGAGGAUUUGUUACUAGAGAUGGCGAAGAAUGGCGAGUUCAUCGAAGUUUGUUUACUUCAACUUUGACUGAAGCCAACACUGUAAAUUUGAAACUCCUCGGCGAUGCCUACGAACAGUACAUAAAAGUUCUGCCGACAAAUGGACAGACUGUCGAUUUGGCGCCAACAUUUGACGGGUUGUUCCUGGAUCUAUCACUCCAAUUUCUGUUCGGUAAGAGCCUAGCAGCAUUAUACUCGGGAGAUUCACCGGUGGAUAUGCAAACCUUUGAGAAAGCAUUUGACGCUGCACAAAGCUGGAUGGGUAUACGAUUGGCAUUUGGAAAGUUCGGACGCAGUGCCUCCCUCCUCAGUAAGAAAUGGAAAGAAUCGUGCAGCAUAGCGCAUUCAUUCGUGGAUUAUCAUAUUGGCAAAGCACUAGAGAAAACAUAUAGCUCAAAGUCAGAAAAGCAUGCCUCAAGUCUUCUCGAGAAUUUAGUGUCACGGGGAAAAAGCCUGGACGAAAUUCGCGCGCAAAUUCUUCAAGGUAUGCUAGUAACUCAAGAUACAACGGGAAUAGUUUUAAGCAAUACGAUAUUCCUGCUUUCGAGAUAUCCCAAAAUCUGGACACGACUCCGAGACGAUGUUGCUACUCUCGGUCCAGUUGAAGUUUGGAAUGCAGCAGAUUUGAAAAAUUUAAAUCUUCUUCACAACUGUAUAAGAGAAUCUUUACGCAUCUAUCCUCUAUUCCACGCAAACGGCCGUGUAGCUCUUGUCAACACAACACUUCCAACUGGCGGGGGCUCUGACGGUACAGCACCAAUAUUCAUCUCAGCAGGCACGAGAGUUAGCACAAAUUUUUACACGCUUCACCGAGAAAGAUCGGUGUUUGGGGAGGAUAUCGAGAUAUUCAAUCCUGACCGAUGGAACAGCAUUUCCCCAAGUAAUUGGGAAUUCAUGCCAUUCAGCCAUGGUCCGCGUAGCUGUGCUGGUCGACAUAAAGCUCUAGGUGAGGCCUCAUACAUUAUUGCCAGAAUGGCAACUCAAUUCCAGCAAAUAGAAAGUCGCGAUGAUAGGCCAUGGACUGAGGACCUGAAAUUGGUAGUGAAAAAUGGCAAUGGCUGCCAAGUAGCGCUUUUUCUUGCUUGAGGAAUAGCUUCGUAUUAGUCUACUGUGGCUUGUUAGAUUCUAACUCAAUUUCCGGAUAUGAAUUGAUGGUAAGACCUUUGGAUAAUAUUUUGUUAUCCAUGUGACGGACCCCAGAGGAUUUUGCAAUAGACAGAACAAGAGUUGCUGCUGGUGCUUAUGAAUUGGGAUGUAGAUUAAUUAGUGCCAAGA